CCAAGUUCACAGGAGAGGGGCCGGGCCUCUCCAGACGGGAACUGGGGUUGGAGGCUUCCUCUGCUACUUGCUCAGAGAGAAGAACCUUAGGAAUGCCAUUCAGUGCCUGGCUUUCUGAGCUGUCUCACUUGGGGAAAUCCAACCAUCAUAGCUCACAGUCACCACCGCAGGAAUCCGGAUGCAGGCCAAGUACAGCAGCACGAGGGACAUGCUGGAUGCUGAUGGGGACACCACGAUGAGCCUGCAUUCGCGAGCCUCUACUGCAACCCAGCGGCCAGAGCCUGGCCACACAGAGCAGCGGCGUCCCUCUCCUGCUUGGCGUCCAGUGGCCCUGAUCCUGCUGUCUCUGUGUUUGGUGCUGCUGAUUAGCCUGGCAGCGCUGGGGCUUGUGUUUUUUCAGUUCUACCAGCUCUCCAACACUCAGCAAGAAAACAUUUCUCAAAAGGAAGAAAGGCUGGGGAAUCUCUCCCGACAGCUGCAAUCUCUCCAAACUCAGAAAAGGAAGCUUGCAGAGACGCUGCAUCACGUGGCUGAAAAACUCUGUCGUGAGCUCUAUAACAAAACUGGAGAACACAGAUGCAGCCCUUGCCCAGAAAAAUGGAAGUGGUAUGGGGACAAAUGCUACCAGUUCUAUAAAGAAAGCAAGAGUUGGCAGGGUUGUGAAUAUUUAUGCAUUGCUGAGAACUCGACCAUGCUGAAGAUUAAUACACAGGAAGUACUGGAGUUUGCCAUGCCGCAGAGCCACUCUGAGUUUUUCUACUCUUAUUGGACAGGGCUAUCCCGCAACGGCAAUGGCAAAGCCUGGCUGUGGAUGGAUGGAGCUCCUUACUCCCAUGAACUGUUUGAGAUUAUAAUAGAUUUCACCAGCCUAAGAAGUCGGGACUGUGUGACCAUCCUUAAUGGAAAGGCUUUCUCCAAGGACUGCAGGGAGUUGAGGCGAUGCGCGUGUGAAAGAUCUGCAGCCACGGUGAAGCUGCAGAGGCUCCAUGAGCCUCUCUGAGCCGGACCUGGAGGCCAGUGGUUCUCCGGCUACAACUGCAACUGCAGGCUCCCUGCAGAGAAGUGGAAGAUUUCUGCUCUGCAGAACAAAAGUCAAGCGCUUUAUGUGCGCCUGGCCUAGUGUGGUUUCCGUUGCUUUUCCUUCCAUUUAACCCCUGUUUAUACCUUCCAGGUACUGAUGAUUUGAUAAUAAUACAUGUAAAUAAUG